CCCAAAUAAACACACACAUUUAGAGACAGGCGACUUGCAGUUUUUGUCUUGUAAACAUAAAUGAAAAGUACCGAAACAUAUUAUUAACUACUUUAUUUGGGAAACUCGUUUCUUGAUUAUAAAAAUAGUAAAUAGUCAAUUACUGAAAAAAUCAUGGAUGCUGAAGUUGCAGAACAGCUUAGAGAUCUAAUUACUAGAUUACAAACUGAUGAAGACAUACCAAGUGCUAUGAAUCAGCUUAAAACGUUAUUAGUUUCCGCACCAACUGAAAUUUCUGAAACUAUCCUAGAGGUAGGAUUAUCCAAAAUACUCCAAUGCUUCAACAUUUUUGAUAGACACCUAGUUGAUUUAAUAUGUGAAGUGCUCACACUGUGUUUUGAAAAAUUUUCACCUGGAGAAGUGAUUAAGAGUUUUACAGGUAACUUCAUGUAUUUGCUACGACAUGAAAAUGCACAUGUUCGUAGACUUGCUGUAGAUGAGAUUGCUAAAGCAGUGAUAUCAAGCUCCAAUGCCCUCCCAAUACCACAGUAUAUUGAUGUGUAUGUAGCUGUUGGUCAGCUUGUUGGUGAUAAUGAUAUAGGCGUUGCUAACAAAGCUAUAUUGAUUACAUCAAAUUUGCCAGAAGAGGCUUAUACAAAAGUUUUGGAAGAAAUGAAAAUUCUUUUACAAUAUUCUUCUAGUAGCAAAUGUAAUGUUUUUGAGGUGAUAAUUAACAUUUCCAUUAAAUCUUAUGAUUUGUUCAAAAUUUGUCUUGAGCUGGGUUACAUAGAUAUCAUGGUGCAAGAAAUCCAAUCUCUUGAUGUACUGUACCAAUUAAAUAUUUUGGAACUCAUGUCAACCUUGGCAAUCAAACCAUACGGUAUUAAUUACCUACUCAAUAGUGGAGCAAUGGAUAAAUUGGUAACAGUUGUUAUUGACUUGAAAACUUCACCUGUUGGUGGAAUAUUGAUACCAGGUUACAUGAAAUUAUUUGGAUGUAUUGCUCAUUAUUUUCCUAAGGAGAUUAUUGAAAAAUAUCCGACAUUGUUAAAUUGUCUUUUUGGAUUAUUUGAAUCUGAAAAACAAGCAGUACUACCAGUCGCUUUGGACACGUUUGGUUUUGUGGGCUCUACUACUGAAGGAAAAUUAUCUCUAGUGGCCUCAGGGGGUAAAUUUACAGAAACUAUGAUGAAGGUAAAUCUCUUAAUAAAAAACAGUUCAAGUGAUAUUAAGAUUCGUGCUUUAAAUUGCCUUACUAACUUAAUAAGUAUCGAAAAGGACACCAACACGGCCAAUUCUAAGCCUGUUGAUCAUAGAGUAACUCUAAUGACGAGGGAGUGGUUCAGAGGCUUAAGUGAACAGCCAUCUUCAAUGGAUUUAUUGUUUGACAUAUGCAAAAACCCAUUUCCUGACAUUAGACUAGCAGCCUUUGGCUUACUUGAUGCUGUAAGUCAGCACCAGUGGGGACACGAACUAAUCGCAAGAACUGCAGGCUUCAUUGAAUACUUACUAGACCGUUCUGUAGAUUUUACAAAAGAAUGUAAAGAGGCAAAAUACGACAUCAUUAAAAGAUUAUCAAACUCUGAAGUGUUUGAUUCAAAUAUAACUUCCAGGCUACAGGCUUAUGUAGAGGAAGGACCAUUCUAUUGUAACAGAAUGUUGGAAGUGGCUAUGGAAGAUGCUGAUUAGGAGAAAACGAAACAUUGUUUAAAAUGUCAAUAUUUAAUCCAGUAAUUGAAUAUUUUUAAAUUAUUCACUUUAUAUAAAUCUCAUUAACAGUGAUUUAACAUUGUUUCAAUACAGAAUGUUCAAUUUAAUAUAAAAAAGGAAAAUGAAAAAAAAAAACACUCCUGAAAUAAACUGAUCUGGAUUCAAAAUGAA